CGUAGCUGCGCGCGCGCCGCACGCACACCACCACACGCGCAGACGCACGCAUGCACGCACGCACGCGACACUAGUGUGAUGCAGUGAUUCUUAACAUUUGUGAUAGAUUCUAUUGCUCUCUACGAGUGAUAACGCUGCUUGCAUAUUUUGAUUGCCAGAUAACGGAGGCCGAGUUGCGUCGAACAUAACGUCCAAAAACGACUAAAUAAUAAAGGAACAAUUAACAAUAAGACUGACAAUGGAAUACUCAAGAGUUAUGCUGACUGUCGUGGUGCUGUGUGCACUGAUGAGCCACAGUAGCGGCGCGCCAGCGAGGAGGUCGCGGGCGGCCGCCCUGCAGACUGAAGAACCUACCACAGUCCGCGAGAACAAACUACAGGACGACUUCAAGGAGACAACUACCACCACGGAAGCACCAAUCACGAGCAGGAGGAACAAAGCUCUCAACCUUUUCGGUUUCUAUCCCUCCUUCCUCUCAUCGGGCAUAGACUUCACCGAGGACGAUGAUGACAUUAACUUCACCGUGAACGACGAAAACUUCGAAGAUGAAGACCUCUCGCGGACCAUCCCUAGCAGAAGACGCCAACAAAACAAGAAGAAAAACGGCAACGGACAAUAUCCGAACGACAACAUUAACUCCUUACAAUAUGAAAACUCCCCAAUCUUCUACAUUAGGUUGCCUCCCACUCCAUACAUGUUUGUUCCUGGCUUAGGUUACGUAUCUCAGCCCCCUAGUCUAGGACCACCAAUGGCUCCCAUGCUCCCUCAAGUGCCUCCUCAAGUAGCCGACCCUUUCAUCAAUCUUCCGAUCGACUUCGUAUCUAAUGGGAAACCAACCGGAGUGUAUCAAUGGAGCGGUGCUCCUGCCUUCCCUCAAAUGCCACAAGUGGAUCCCUUCGGUUAUGGAGGCCAGCCUAUAAUGCCCGCCAGGCCUACGUACAAUGUACCAUCAUACUCACCUCCUAAGCCUAAGCCGGCUCCCUCGAACUCGAAAAUAACGAACCUCAAAGGCCAGUACGUCUUCAAUGGAAAGCCAGGAGACAACGUUUAUGUUCUUAGAGACACCUACAACUCCAUAUACUCGGACGCCCUGCAAAACUUUUACCCUUAAAGCCUGAGAUACGUAGGAUAGGAUUGUGUCUGGCUCGUAUCGAGCUGCUGUAAUUAACGAAUUUCAAGGGACCAACUUGCGGAUGAAAUUAAAUAUAAAAGGAAAGUUUACAAGCAAGUCAGUGAUCAGUACCUAAUUAUGAGGAGGAAAGUUAAUUAUCCUCCCUCGAACAUAACGAUGUUAAAUGAAAUCUUAAAAACAAUUAUAUGCGUAAGAAACGUGAGGGGCCAAUAACUACAAGCUGCCAAUUGUUGCAAUUACUUGCCAAGUUAAACUCGAGUGAUGGAGGCUCGAUGAAUUAUGAGUGAGAUCUGCUACUUAAUGGACUUUAUGUUUAAACGAAUUUAACAUUUCCUAUAGGUUUCUUUACUUUACUGUAAUGAGAAUACUCCAUUAGUGAUUUGUGAAAUUAAUUUAAUUGCAUUAUUAACAAAUUAUUAAUUUUAGAGACUGUGUGUCUCAUAUUUUUCCAGAUUCAAGUUUAAAAAUAAAAAAUUAAAAUUAUUUGACCAAUAGCAAGGUCGAGUCUACAUAUAUGUGUUAAGUAAACUUCCUUGCAUUGAUGAUACUUAUACUUACAUAGGUAGUUAUUAAUUAAAAACAUAUUAAUACCUAUUUAUUUUAUUACGACUGGUGAUGUAUUUCAUAGUCUUAAUAUUUAAAUAAGUAUGAAUUGAAGUGUGUAAGUAGGUAUCUAGGUAUGUAGAAUUUAUGUUUACUUACAAAAUGCUUUUUUUGCUAUUAAAUUAUAAAUUAACUAUAAGAAAACCUAGAGAUUUUGAUAAGGCAUACGGUCGAUUACCAUGUAGAUACGUAGAAGGUUCACAAAUUACGAAAUUAGGUAGGACCUAAGUACCUACCAAUAAAAAAUUAUUUUAUAUACCGACAAUUUUUAGAAGUUACUUUCUAUUUUAUCAUCAUCACACAAUUUAGACAAAUUAAUAUCGACCGUCUGCUUGACAGUAUAAAAUCUUAGGUUGUGAUUAUUAUUUUGAGCAAUAACAUGUUUGAGUCAGCGCUAGAUGUAAUUUAAAUAAUCAUUAAUGUAAAAUAAUUUAUUGAUCUUAUAUUUAUUCUUUAAAUUAUUUACUUAGAUUUAAGAUUUCUAAUUAGGUACAAAUAAUAAAAAAUAAUUAAACCGUCCAUAAUGGUAUGCAGAAUGACUAUGAAUGUUAACUAACUUCGUAAAUGCGCCGACAUAUUUUUUAGAACUAAUAUGAUUUUUUUUUAAAUAGUGACUAGGUAAGCUCUUACUUUUUGGUGUUACAAAUAAUCUUCGGUUAAAUUGUAUUGUUGAUUGAAGAUUGAUAUUAUCACCGUGUAAUUAAUUUUAUUUUAUUGCUAGUGUUGUAUUUGAUCUACAUUACCUUGAAUGGUAAUUUAUAAAUACAAAAACUAGUCAGUAAAAUUUGUUUCCCUAUACGUGUACAAGUAUUAAAAAGUGUCAAAUUUGUUCAUGAAUAAAGAAGUAAGAAACAAUCUUGGCAGAUUAUAUUACAUCUUGGAAAUACUGUGUUGCCUUGCAUUUGUAUGCAUCUUCAAAAUAUUUAUUUUGCGGUACGAAUUACCUAUAGCGAUAACCUUGUAUUUCCCAAUCUGUAUUUAUAGAAAUUAAGAAAUCUUCGAAGUAUUUUAAAAUACAAAACGUCACAAUUUUAGUCUAAGAUAGGUAUGAAUAAAUUUGUCCCAUCCAGUGGAUUUAAAUAAUCGAUAUUGUACCUAAAUUGUAGGUUCUACUCAGUAUGUAGAUGUUGUAGACGAUAAUAAAAUGAUACAUCCGCAUUAUAGACUUAUGAAAAUUAAGACAAUUAAAAACAUUUUU